GAUUUCAUCAUAAAUACAUAACCGCAUAUUUACCUUACCUUACGAAUCCGAAUACCACAAUAGUAUAAUUAUAAUUAUGAAUAUUCCGCGAAUACUUUUAAAAACAAAACAACAUUCAAUCAAAUUGAAUUUAGGAAACGCCUUAAGAUCAAACUUUAAGAGAAAUCUAGCUAGUCAAGCUCAAACAGCCGCAGAAAGUCCUGCCGAAGAUGGUACCACUCACUUUGGCUAUCAAACGAUCAAAGAAAGUGAAAAAGUUGAGAAAGUGCAUAAGGUUUUUGAGGAUGUAGCCAAGUCGUACGAUAUUAUGAACGAUGCUAUGUCCAUGGGAAUCCAUCGAAUAUGGAAGGAUAUCUUCAUGGAGAGAUUGGGACCGAUUCGUGGGGCACGUCUGCUCGACAUGGCUGGUGGGACAGGUGACAUUGCGUUUAGGUUUCUUAAAUACAUAGACAAGCAACCUAACCCCAGCGGACGGCAGAGUCAUGUCACAAUUUCCGAUAUAAAUCAACAUAUGUUGGAUGUGGGUAAAGCGCGUGCAGACAAUUUGGGACUUACACAGGAGAAACUUGAUCAAAUUUCAAUCGAAUGGAAGUGUGCUAACGCUGAAGAACUUCCAUUCGAUGACAAUUCAUUCUCGGCAUACACGAUUGCGUUUGGAAUCAGGAACUGUACACAUAUUGAUAAAGUGUUAUCGGAAGCCUAUCGUGUGCUGAAACCAGGCGGACGCUUCAUGUGCCUUGAAUUUAGUCACCUCAACAACGAAACUCUCCAGUGGUUGUAUGACCAAUAUUCGUUUCAAGUUAUUCCUCCUAUGGGACAAAUAUUAGCCGGACAAUGGCAAUCAUACCAGUACCUCGUAGAGAGCAUUCGAAAGUUCCCUCGUCAAGAUGAAUUCAAGGCUAUGAUUGAGGAUGCUGGCUUUGAUAUGGUUCAGUAUGAGAACUUGACAUUCGGUGUUGUUAGUAUACAUUCAGGUUUUAAAUUGUAGACCGAAAAAGAUGCUAUACAAAAGGAAGCUUGGUAAAUAAAGUAAAAUUUAGAAAUUAAAUUCAA